UACUUUUAGAAAUCUAACCUCAAAAUUAGCAAUUAGGUGUCGCUCAUUGAUUAAGAUCAGCGGAAAAUGGCGGAUGAAGUGAAGUUGUAUGCAGCUGCAGUAAGUCCAUUCGUUUUCAGAGUGAAAAUCGCAUUGAAUAUAAAAGGAAUUAAGUACGAAAACUUGGAACAAGAUCUCAGCAACAAGAGUGCCGAACUUCUCAAGUAUAAUCCUGUUUAUAAGAAAGUACCAGUGUUGGUUCAUAAUGGAAAUGCAAUCUCAGAGUCUCUGGUGAUCGUUGAGUACAUUGAUGACGCUUGGAAAGGAGUUUCGAUUUUGCCACAUGAUCCUUAUGAAAAGGCUGUGGCUCGAUUCUGGGCGAAAUUCAUUGAUGAUACGUGCAUUCCUGCGCUACUCAAGACUUUUGGCCGCGAUGGAAAUAAGAAAACUGAUAAAGAAGCUUGUGAUCAACUACAAAUACUAGAAAAUGAACUGAAGGUCAAAGGUACCAAAUUUUUUGGAGGUGACAGCAUUAACCUGGUGGAUAUUGCGGCUGACUUCAUAGCCUAUUGGGUUGGAAUAAUCCAAGAAGUAACCGGAAAAACGUUGGUCACUAAAGACAAAUUUCCAACAAUAACUGUUUGGGCUGAUCACUUUAUCAACCUUGAAGUUAUCAAUCAAGUCUUACCUCCAAGAGAACAACUGCUUGCAUUUUUCAAGAAAAUGUUUGCCAAGGCAUGAUGGUAUAUGUGGCAUUUAUAAAUAAUAAAUCUAGUCGUUUUUUUUCGGGUGUUUGUAUUUAUGAAGUUGAAGUUUAUGUCUGUAUUAACAUCCAUCGAUGUUGCAAGAAGAUGCACUUUGUGGUUAUAUAUCGAAGUUAUAGAUCGGAAAAUUAAAAAUCUUGGCCACUUAAACAAUAUUGGCUUUGUGAGUGGCACACUCUGCACAUGCUCAGGCCAGCUCUGCCUUUACAUAUUUUGGAGAGGGUUGGAAAACAAACAUAUAGAUUGGAGUUACCACGAAAAGUUAAUGAAAUUCAUAAUGUAUUUUAUUUAUGUUAUUUAAAGAAGUAAUUGGAUGACAAGGUUGACUUUA